AUGCCUUUGCCGCCUAGUAUCGAAGAGCCGGGCAAACAAUCAUGGCUGCGUAUGCUCUACCGUUAUCGACUUCAAUUUCAGGCAAUGGCUUCGGCGUCUACUAUUUACUUCGCUGGUGGCUUGAAGCUGGCUUGGUGUAUAUUUGAGAAGCCAGUUAGCGGUUCCCAAAAGCUCAUCGACACCCAUCUGCUGACGAUCGCAUGGUUUGUGGGCGUGGCUGCAGGAGCAAUCAUGGCAGGCGUGUUCGUACACCGCGUUAGCAAGAAUAUAUCACAUUGGACCAGCGGCACGCUCCUUCUGCUUGGGGGCCUGCUCUUUGCCUGCGCACCCUCCUCGUUUGCCUGCAUACUGUGCAGUUGCCUAUUGGAAGGCUCCGCUUAUGGCAUCAAUCAAGUACAAGGGCUCGUGACAGCCGGGGAAGUGGCACACAAAGACAUUCGUGGCUUGUUGGUUUCCAGUGAGCGCGUUUUCCUUUGGCUGGGCAUCUGUCUGCAGCUGUUUUGCACGCGACUGUGGUUCUUAUACGAACCCACAAAGGGCUAUCCGCUGCACCUAAAUCAAUUACAUGGCACUGUGGUAAUCUUGGUGGCGCUGUGUGCGCUCGCCUGCAACACACUCUACCGCUUCGAGUCGCCGCUGCUGCUGCACAUGCAAGAGCGCAACUUAGCCGCCACAUAUGUAAUGAAUCGACUGCAGAGCACCAGCUGCACCAGCGCUGAGUUGACACAAAAGCAUGAGGAGUGCAAACAGAUGCUGGAGCAUGAUGCGGGCCGACAGACAACGCGGAGGGCGGUGCGCAAGAGCAACUCACUGCCGUUGCUCAAGAUGCUGUUACUGCGUUGCUACGGCACCGUUUCGCUGUCGUUACCCGUCAAUCGCACAUUUGUCACCGCAAGUAUGACGGGCUUGAAUUGUGCCACAAACUGUGUUUAUCUCUUGGCUCUUUGCGGUGUGCUCGGCAGCGUUUUGGGCGCUUUGUGCGUGGACAAAUGUGGGCGACGAAGGAUCGCUGUUAUUUGCCUGCUCUUCUCUGGAACUUGCGCGUUUCUCUUGGCCGGCGUGCUGCGGUAUAUCUACGAGCAAAUUUCGUUGGUUCUACUGACGCACCUGACAUUCGAAUUGGUCGUCUACCUGAUGUGGUGCUAUCAGGCUUUCAUAUGCGCUGGCGUUUCGUUGGUCUCCAGUGUGUAUAUGUCAGAAGCAUUUACCGUGUCUGCGAAGGCUUGCUGCUUGGCGGUGAUGGUGGUGUGCGAACAAUUCGUGCAAAUAGCGCUGGCUUUGCUAGUCUUCUACACGGAUUUCAAUGAACCGCACUUCUUCUUUAUCGUUGGCGUGCUGGGCAUGCUGCUAGGCAUACUAGCUUUAUUCACUUUGCCUGAAACUAUGAAAACAUCGCUUUAUGAAUGUCUUCUAAAGUUCAACAAUGUUCCUUAAUAUAUUUAAGUUAGUCUUAGCCAUAAAAUCGAAUUUAUGUAAGUUAGAUCCACAUACUUAUGCCAAUAUACAAAUAUAAAAUAUAUUACUAUCAUAAUAGUCAAGGUUAUAAGCU